AUGGCAGAGAGCGUGAGCAGCUCCGCCUACCCACCCAAUGAGACGCUCUAUAUUCAAAACUUGAAUGAGAAUGUGCGGUUACCAGUGAUGAAACAAUCGCUCGAGGCGCUGUUCUCGACCUACGGCCCAGUGCUCUCGGUGGUGGCUCAUAAAAAUCUGCGUAUGCGUGGUCAAGCGUUUGUGAGUUUCCAGGACAAGAGCACGGCAGAAAAGGCGAUGAAGGAAGUGAGUGGGUUCCCUUUGUAUGGCAAGAGCAUGCGCGUGUCGUUUGCGAAGACGCCGUCGGACAGUGUCGUGGCGUACGGCGGUGGGGCGAAAGAUUCGCCCGCUACGACAGAGGCGCUGGCCGCGCACAAAGCUGCACGCCUUGCGCAAAAGCCCAUCACACGACGGCGGAAUGUGCAUCGUCAGCGCGAGAUGGAGCGGAAACGGGCAGCGCAGGCCGCCGCGGCGCGAGGCGAGAUCCCUGCGGCCCCGGUACCGAAGCGGACUGUAUCAUCGCGUGCGCAAGCGAACCAGCUACCGGACGAGUACGUCCCGCCGAACAAGAUUCUCUUUUUGCAGCAGAUGCCGUCGAGUGUGACGCGAACGCAGCUGAUGGACAUUUUUGGUGCGCUACCGAAUCUCUACCAAGUGCGUACGAUCCCAGGCCGUACCGACAUUGCGUUUGUGGAGUUCAACGAUAUCCCCUCGAGCGUGGCUGCGCGUGAUGCGACGAACGGCUAUACCUUUCCCACAGGGGAGCGCUUAAAAGUAUCAUUUGCGCGCGCGUAG